AGAGGAGUCACAGUUCAGUUGAGGCGCAAGGGUCCUCCGGCUAAGGACUACGGUCCCUGGCAGUCCGGGACAUUAUGCCAGGCGGCGAGGGGUCCCCGAUCAAUCUCCUCGACCACCACCACCAUCAUCAUCGCGCGUCGACCGCCGCCACCACGUCCACGUCCACGGCGGACGAGUGCGCGAACGGCGACGAUGUCAGAGCCGCGUCAUCGACGACGAGCACCGGCGCGACCUUCACCAGCGCGAUGACGAGCGCCCUAGCGGGCGACGGUCUCCGUCGCAGAAAGGUCAUACACGCGGCCCGCGAGACCCUCGAUAAGGCAUCCCGUCUUUUGAGACGAAAAAUACCAUGUACAGGCCAUUUAAUGACCCCCCGCCGCCUAUGGAUACAAAAGGUUCCUACUCAGGAAUGCGAUGUAGUCAUGAUGUUCCCCAACGGGGCGAACGACGAGACUUUGAUGUGGCUUCUAGGUCGGCUUCGGGCUGGAACCCCGGGGCUAAUAGUUCACGUGCGACAUCAUGCUUCGUCGGACAGUUACGGGUUUUACAUUACGGCACCAUUUAGCGUUCUGCUCAAGGCCGCCGAGGAGGUGCAUCUUCCGAAGACCCUGAGACAGGAAUUCGGCGGUGGAUUCAAGGAAUUCGUCGGCUCCGAGGCCAACUGCUUCGAAGGCAGCGACGACGAGAUCCGAUUUUUCACUACCCAGGAAAAGCAGUCUCUAGUGCUGCAUCUACUUCACACCGUAAGGGCCGGUCCUCACGAUCUCAAUAGUAUAUCCGGUCUUAAAGUGGUGGAAGGUCAAGCGAUUAUCCCAAAGUGCAUUUCAUCCGGUAUUAUUUCUCAGGUCUUCCCUCUUCACGAAUUACCCGCGUUAGAGAAACUGCAACGAAACUGGGUCCGCGCGUUCCUCAGUUCCCAACCGUUGGACGAUAUUUGUAAAUACUUCGGGGUGAAAAUCACCAUGUACUUCGCCUGGCUCGGCCACUACACCACCGCUUUGAUCGUUCCAGCUGCAGUGGGUGUCAUAUACUGGGUCGGCAUCAUCGGCAGGAACCAAGCGGUGGAGGACGUGGCGUACGUUCUGUUUUCGGUGUUCAACGUGAUAUGGGCUACCGUGUACCUGGAGACGUGGAAAAGGAGGGGCGCGGAAUUGGCGUACAGGUGGGGCACUUUGGAUCAGAGGGACGACUUAUUGGUUGAGCCUAGACCUCUGUUUACAGGAACUCUGGAGAUUUCACCGGUGACGGGUAGGCUGGAACCGACGUAUCCCAGGUGGCGAAGAAAUAUAUUCCGAUAUUUCGUGAGCGUGCCUAUCAUCGCAAUCUGUUUACUCUUCGUCUUCAUUGUUAUGAUUCUGAGUUUUCAAAUACAGGAUUGGUGGGACGCACAUCUUGAAUCUGGUGGCUAUGGAUUCUGGCUUAGUUACGUGCCAAAAGUGCUACUCGCGGUAGUGAUUGCAUUGAUGGAUGAAGCGUACUUCAAGGUUGCGGUGUGGUUAAACGAUUUGGAAAACUAUCGACUAGACACCGAGUACGAGAAUCAUCUGAUCUACAAAGUGGCACUGUUUCAGUUUGUAAACUCCUUCCUAUCGCUGUUUUACAUCGCCUUCUAUCUUCAAGAUCAAGAGAGACUCAAGGAGCAAUUGGCCGCCCUACUCAUAGCCCGCCAGGUGAUCGGCAAUCUGAAGGAAUCCGCGGUGCCGUAUCUGAUCGAGCAACUACGGCUGGCGCGACUGAGCUUCGAGCUGUUCGGUGCCCUGAGUCCCAGCGAGGCGAGGCUACCCCCGGGCCAGGAGGCCGGCGAGGAGGUACAGGCCGGUAAGGACACCGAUGAGAAGGACGAACGGCCCCCUGACACCGGCAAGUCGAAGCAACCGCGAAACGUCAGCCAGGCAGAAUUGGAGAGUUCCCUCUACAGAGUAGGGCAUCCCACUAAUUCUCUACUUAGUGACGUUACGUUCAAGUAUGAUGGAGCGUUUUCAGAGCACCUGGAAAUGUUAUCACAACUGGGAUACGUCUGCCUCUUCUCUUCCGCGUUUCCGUUAGCCGCGAUGGCCGCUUUACUUGGGAAUUUGCUCGAAUUACGCGGUGACGCGUUCAAAUUGUGUUUUGUGCUUCAACGACCUUUCGGGCGUAGGGUCUCAAAUAUCGGCACAUGGCAAAACGCUAUGGAGGCAAUGGGCUUGGUCGCUAUUCUGGUAAACUGCGCCCUAAUUGGACUGAGUGGGCAGGUACAACGAAUGUUUCCGGAAAUGUCAGCAACACAGACGAUUCUGUUAAUAGUAGCAUUGGAGCACAUAAUGUUUGCGAUUCGAUUCGUCAUUAUUUGCGCAAUUCCCGAUAUACCUCACUGGGUCGCCACCGAGAUGGCUAAAGUGGAAUUCUUAAGGCGCGAAGCAGUCCGAAGGCUAUCCUCGACUCCAUCACCGGAACAACAGCCAACUACAGUGAUAGGGAGAUUCGUGGUGAGUACAGCAGACGGAGAGACUGAAGAGCAGUUGCUUUCCGAGCGCGCCAGUUAUGCGGCCAUGUCCAGUCAUGUGGACACCCCGACCCUGGCUUCGACCACUGCUCACACGCCAAGCGGUCCGACCACGCCGAACGCCGCAGCGGUGCCGAGGAUAUCGGAAACGCCACCUAUGGCCGGGACCCCCGCCAGCGGUGGUAGCAGCAGCGAGACCAGCCCAUUCCUACCUGAAAACAAUUCCAACGUCAGCCGGGACAUUCGUAAUACGCCGAGAUGUUCUAUACCUGGAGGCGAACGAGGAAGACGCUCGAGGGAGUGGUUGAGCAACGAACCGGAGGCAUCCGGUACCAACGAUCAAUAUGGCCAUCAUCUGACCAUCGGACCACACGGCGGCGUUGAUUGGGUGCGUCGAUUGGGUUUGGAGCCAGGUGGACGAAAAUCGAGCGACUCCGAAAUUACCGGUGCCGCCGCGGUGAGCGGACGGGAGCGGGAGGAAGAAUUAACUUUGCACAGGUCGACCGACUGCAUCGUCUCUAAAGAACUCGCUUCUUCCUCCGACAGCGAUCUUCUCAGAUCGGCACCGCCGUGGAUGACGGCUCACAGGAACCAGAAGUUUCGUUUCUCGCCCGAAAAAGAAAAGGAACGCGAGAAAGUGGAAAAGCAGCAAUAUCACCAGCAACAGCAGCAGCAGCAACAGCAGCAGCAGCAGCAGCAGCCGUAUCAACAUUUUCACCGCGAAACGCAUGAGUUUCGCGAACGCGAGCGCGUGCGUGAGCGCGAGCAUGAGCGUGAACGUGAGCGUGAACGACAGUCCUAUCUUGGCGAAAAGGAGAAGGACUCGAGCGGCCUGUCGGACUCCAGCAAGACGAUCUCGAGUCAAGAGGAGGAUAAACCAUCUAAGGAGGAGCGGGAGGCGAAGAAGACGCGCGUCAAGCAAAGCCUGAUGAAACGGGCACGCUCGGUGGCGAUCUUCUCGCUAAAAUUAAAGGAACGUCGCGCACGGGAGGCCGAGCUUAAGGCCAAGGAGGCGGAAAGGGAGGCCAGGUGGCAACAGCCGCAGUCGUGCGUCGGCGGCGAGCUCUCGUGCAUCCCCAUAGAAAAGCUUAUCUCUGUGGACGACAUCGCGGCCAUGGAGAUGCGCCGGCCGAAUCAUUAGCCGCUUGACGACUCGUCCUUUCGUCGUCACACUUUCGUUUCCACUGCUACGUAGAGAAAGAGAGAGAGAACCGUUCGCGUACCGUCACACGCGGGUAUUUUGCGUAACCGACGACGGUGAGAUCGAGUUCUCGCGCGCGCGUAUCACGACGAAUUGCGCGACGGAGAGAGAAACAGAUCCCGGCCCUCGUGCAGGUGCGCGUUACCGGACGACAGAAAAAGGCGCACAAUUUUUCCGAGAAUCAUCGCAAACACAAGGAUCCUGUAGAUGACAUUCCGUAGAGAUUACUGCCCCGAUAUCCGCUACCUAGAUCGCGAUGAUUCGGUUCCGGAACGGCCACGCGUGACACGCUUUCGAAGGAGGACUGAAAAUCCUCAAACACAAGUUUGCGCGGUUUUGAACAAUAUCGCUGAUAAUAACAUGAAAGAUGACCGCGUCGCUUUUUUUUUAAGAAGGGAAAUGUAAAAACAAAAAUUUCACUAAUUUGCAAUGGAACGAUCUCACAGAACGGGAGAUUGCAGAAUAAUAAUUCUCGAAAAACAGAAAGACACCAAAUAAAUUAUGCGAUAAUUUUAAUUGUACUAUAUCGAUUUUAAGAAUUUCUGAGCUCUAAUUUUUUUGUCAAAAUGUAUUAUAGAUGAUUUAUUAUAGAAUAUUCUAAAUAUAAUCAGAACACGUGUACAUUGCCGAAUGAAAUUAAUCCAUGUAAAAUUCUUGUAUCAUAUUUUUUUCGAGAUGUACUUUAAUACCCGCUGUUCCGAAACCGAACGUAUCUAUUUCGAUGAUUUUAAUUUCACUUCGAUUCGAUGCUCUGCUGAAAAUGACACAUACUUUACACAUAGCUUAGGUCGUUCGACAUUGUAGAUCGUUGAGGUCCAUUCCGUUCGUACUGUCAGUAUUCUACGCCGAAAUUAGAUUUAUUCUCGGCUGUGCUCCGUAACGAAAGCGCGUGUAACGAAGUCCCGAUGGAGGCGCAGUCGCACGCGACGAUCCAAUCCGGUCGCGGAAGAAAGGCAUGACCGGAAACCUGAUAAUAUAGAUACGGGUCCUCUCGGAGAACAACGUGUAAAGUAUUCCGGUUACACUCCCGCUGAAUACAGCGAGUCGCCAAGUCGGCGCGAAACUCAACGAAAAAAAAAAAAACUUGGAGGAGGAAAAACUUUGUUGUUGUUGCGGUAAUAAAUUGUUAAUUAAUCUAUAAAACUUUAGGCAUUAAUGGAUUAAACGAACUUUUUGCUAAAUAGAUCUCUACGAAGGCAUAUCACAUAUUGUCGAGACCAUCCGCGUCGUCAGCGUCGCCUCUCAAAAGUAUCGUCCCUCCCAAGAUCGGACGCGCGCGUGGAUGCAGGAUGAGUUCGCGGCCACGUGAAACUCGCCGGUGGCGAUGAGAUAUAGAGUCAAAGACCAUGGUACACACGCGAGGCUCUUCGUCCAGACACGAAUUAAAAGAAUCUAAAAGGAUCUCGUUUUUUGUAUAUAGUGAAAAAAAAAUGUUACGCAUUGUAAAAUCGGUUUCCAUGGCCUAGCCUCAUGUCCCCGUCCGCGGCUUUAGUGCAGAGUUAUUGAGUAUUACUAACACAUACAUACAUACAUACAUACAUACACAUAUUACAUACAGAAACAACACAGAUACAUACGACAUUUCAUUACAUUUACUGAUAUUGUUAGCUUAGUAUUUAUUAACCAUUAGAUGCAUCCACAUUGAGCACUGUUGAGCAAACCGAUAAUUGCGUUGUAUGUAGCGUACCCUUCGGAAAUUUGCGAGACACAAGUGCAUUAGAUGCAAAAUUGAUAGAUUAGCCGCUUUUCGUAAAGGCAGGUCGGAGUAAAUUCAGCCGAAAGCAUCUGUGUUUGUUAGAUGUUUUGUAUAAAAACAAGAGAACUGAGCCAAUAAAAAUAUUCUACAAAA